AUGAACAUUGAGAAUCUUCCCGACCUCACGACAACCGUUCGAGUUCAUUCACGACCCCCCCAAGGAGCCUCCAUCAAGAUGACCAUCCAGAACCGCGGUCUUGCUUCUUCGCGCCGGAAGUCGCGCGCCGCGCACUUCAAUGCUCCCUCGAGCCAGCGCCGCGUUAUCAUGAGCGCUCACCUCUCCAAGGAGCUGCAGGCCAAGUACAAUGUCCGCUCCAUCCCCAUCCGCCGCGACGAUGAGGUCACCGUGGUCCGGGGCUCCCAGAAGGGCCGUGAGGGCAAGGUCACCAGCGUUUACCGUCUGAAGUGGGCUAUCCACGUCGAGCGUGUUGUUCGCGAAAAGAGCAACGGCCAGAGCGUUCCUCUUCCUCUCUCCGCCUCGAACGUCGUCAUCACCAAGCUCAAGCUUGACAAGGACCGUGAGCAGAUCCUCGAGCGCAUCGGCAAGGGUCGUGAGGCCGUCAAGAGCAAGUCUGCUUAAGGGUUUUCUUUUUCUUGGGGUUCAAGUUCACAUUACAAUAGCGGUGAUUGUAAAGAGGGGUUUCUAGAUGACUCGAAAAAAAUGCGAGAUACAACCUACGAUCAGGAUUGUGAUGAAACAAAAUAAAAAAUUUAAUGUCCUCUACUUGAGCUAACCCAGGGCUUCUGUCCCCUCGUAGUAUCUACGCCUACGGCACGGUCUGG